AUGUCGGUAGAAGCUCUGUUUUCGUCCUCCACGGAAAACAAAGAGCAACCAGGGGCUGUGUGUCCAGAACAGUUAUUAUCCAUUAGAAGUGAACAGGAAACCGGCAGGACGCUGGAGGAGGCCGCCAUGGCAACUUCUCCGUGCCUUGGGGGGUUUGGUGCUGGUUCUGGAACUGUAGUUGGGGCUGGCGCCGAGGCAGGUGCAGAUGGUAGAACUGAAGCAGGUGCUGAGGUUGCAGCUGAAGCUGACGCUGGGGCAGGGCCUGAGGCUGGAACUGCUGGUGCUGAAGUAGUUGCUGAAACUUUGAGGCCGGUGCUAAAUCUGGCAAUUAAGGAGCUGAAUCAAUCACUGAAGCUGGACAGUUAUGAGGUGGUUCGUGACCCAAACCACUUGGAGAUCUUGCCGUGGCCAAGUAAGAGUAUGGAUUCCUCUCCUCAAAGAAACUCCAUGACGCAUGAGAACGAAAAAUUAAAACUUAUCUCAAGAUAA